AUGCCGCGGUACGAUAGUUUUACCCUGUCUGCUCUUCGCCGGAAAGUACACCAGUACUACAUUCGCAACAAGGCGCCAACGGCAGAAAAGAUCCUCAGCGAGGUAAUCGGCGACACCGACAUGGGGCUACCAAAACAUCUAAGUGUCAGAACGAUGCGCAGGCUUCUGAAUGAGAUUGGAUUUGCAUUUCGGAAGCGAAAACGCAACUGUGCGCUGCUGGAAAGGGACGACAUAAUCGUGUGGCGGCGGAAAUAUCUCCGGACCAUUAGAGAAAUGCGAAAGGAGAAACGGGCUAUAUACUACCGUGACGAGACUUGGGUGAAUGCAGGGCACACCAAGGAAAAGGUGUGGGAGGACGCCUUCCGCAAGGGUCUCACAACUGGGCUUUGCGCACCGAGUGGCAAAGGUGGUCGGCUCAUUGUCCUCCAUGCUGGAAGCGAAAACGGCUUCGUGGAUGGGGCAUCUCUCGUUUUCCGGGCGAAAAAGACUGUUACCAGUGACUACCACAGUGAAAUGGAUGGCCCACGCUUUGAGAGAUGGUUCAAAGAACAACUUUUACCAAACAUUGAGCCACGGAGCGUAAUUGUCGUGGACAGUGCUUCAUACCAUGGUGUUCAGCUCAAAAAGUGGCCCUCGACGUCGUCGCGCAAGGCCGAGAUUCAGUCUUGGUUGACUCAAAAAAACAUCCCGUGGUCUAAUGACCAGUUGAAGCCCGAGCUCAUUCAGCUGGUUAACCAAAACAAGCACCGUUUUUCUGGAUACCGGAUUGAUGCCUUGGCCAAGGUUGCUGGUCAUGACAUUGUUCGGCUUCCUCCUUACCAUUGUGAAUUCAACCCUAUUUAA